AUUAUAAAUUCUUAUACGAGAAAUCAUUUUAUUUUUUCUUGAGGUUUACAUUGAUGAAUUAAAGCCGACUUAGUUACUCAUAAGUCAUAUUGUCAUAACCAUAGACUUGUUGUUUAGGUGUCUUGUGCAAAUUAAAAUAACAGAUGUAUAGCCUCAUUUGUUAUUGCCAAACAUCCUGCUGUGCUAUUUAGUUUAGCUCUCUCUUAUGCAAAGUCAAUCAAAUUCUUUCCUGGACUCGUUUCUUCCGACUCAAAUGUGCUUAUGAAGAUGGAUGUGUGAUAGAACUGGACGAAUUUAAGGUAAAGAUGCACUUUCUAUUGGUAGCAUGAUAUGAAUACAGGAUAUCCUUCUCCAGCUAUCUGAGAAAGCUGAGCUCUCCCUCCCAAUUUUCACUCAAUGACCCAAAAUUCAUCUCCAUUAUUUGCCUCCUGCUGUGGUGCAAUGACACAUAAUACAAAAUCAUGCGUGGAGAGGCCUCGGAAGCUUGGAGCAAAAUGGACCAACAUGCAUAUCGCUCCUGAUGAAAAGAUAGAAACAUUUGAACUUGAUUAUGAUGGCAAGAGAGAUCGAUGGAAUGGUUAUGAUCCAGCCACCUAUGCUCGUGUCAUUGAAAGAUAUGAGGCAAGGGAAGAGGCUCGGAGGAAGUAUUUAAAAGAACAGCAAUUAAAGAAACUGGAGAAGAAAAACAAAAAGCAAAGAGGGGAAAAUGAGUCUAGUGAUGAUGAUGAAUAUGAAGAUGAAGAUGCUCAUGCUCUAAAGGUUGAUGAAGCCAAGGUUGAUGAGAGCAAACAGGCGGACUUUGCCAAGGUUGAAAAGCGUGUUAGAACAACAGGAGGUGGUAGUACAGGAACUGUAAGAAACUUGCGUAUCCGAGAGGACACUGCAAAAUACCUUCUGAAUCUUGAUGUCAAUUCUCCUUAUUAUGAUCCAAAAACCCAUUCUAUGCGAGAGGAUCCCCUUCCUGAUGCUGAUCCUAAUGAGAAGUUCUAUGGAGGAGACAACCAGUAUAGAAUGAGUGGACAAGCUUUGGAGUUCAAGCAACUUAACAUUCAUGCCUGGGAAGCAUUUGAGAAAGGCCAGGAUGUCCACAUACAAGCUGCACCUUCCCAAGCUGAAUUACUAUAUAAGAAUUUUAAGAUAAUGAAAGAGAAGUUGAAGUCACAAACAAAAGAUGCCAUAAUACAGAAGUAUGGAAAUGCAGCAGCCCAAGAAGAGCUUCCAAAGGAGCUUCUUUUGGGGCAAACUGAGAGACAAGUCGAAUAUGAUCGCGCUGGCAGAAUUAUAAAAGGCCUGGAGGCAUCCCUUCCAAAAAGCAAGUAUGAAGAGGAUGUGUACAUUAAUAAUCACACAAGCAUAUGGGGUUCAUGGUGGAAUGAUCAUCAAUGGGGAUACAAAUGUUGCAAGCAAACUAUACGGAACAGUUACUGCACUGGCGCAGCAGGAAUUGAGGCUGCUGAGGCAGCAGCGGAUUUAAUGAAGGCAAACAUUGAUCGUAAAGUAGCAUCUGAAGAUACUCCUGCUCCAGCAGAGGAAAAAAGGCUUGCUACUUGGGGAACUGAUGUACCUGAUGAUCUGGUCCUGGACCAGAAAAAACUUGAUGAGGCCCUUAGAAAGGAGGAUGAAAGGAAGAGGGAGGAAAAAGAUGAAAGGAAACGCAAGUAUAAUGUUAGAUGGAAUGAUGAGGUCACUCCUGAAGAGAUGGAGGCAUAUCGCGUGAAAAAGAUUCAUCAUGAUGAUCCCAUGAAAGAUUUUCUGCAUUAGCUGUCUUUUUCUUUCUUUUGUUACUGGGAUAGGACUGUGCAUAUCUUUGGUCCAUGGGUUGGAAGCACCAGCAAGCGCCACCCUAGAAUGUAUAUUGCUUGUAAAGGAUCCUUUUAGAUUGUGGCUUCCCCAACCCCAUUUAGUCUUCAAUUAAGAUAUUUUCUUUGUGAGGUCUAUAAACUCCUGCUUACUAUUUGUCUACAGAUAUUAAGUGAAAGUCCUAAUCUGCAACUAUAUUUUGAGGAAAAGGUAAAAUAUGUACUUGGAUUUCGGUUGAA